AUCUCGCACUGAAGAUGUUAAGCAAAUAUAAUAUAAUUUGAGAUCAAACGCUUUACACAUUCAAAACUAAAUGCAGUGAGAUUAUGGACCAAAGAUAUCUUCUUCGCCGGUCCGCAAAAUCAUAGAAACCAUUUACGUUAUUAAUAUUUUCACAGUCAACCCAAAUUUCCCACGAAAUCUAGAUAUUAAACGCGAGUAUAUUAUGUGAUAUUAGACAUCUUUUAGAAGGCAUGCGGCUGUAAUGGUCGACCGUUAAAUGUCGGUAUUACUGGCAGCAUAUUGUAUCCCCGAUGGACUUUCGCUUUAGCAAAGACGCGCUUACACUUUUUGCAUCGGAAACUUCAAAAGCCAUCUAAGUUAUCCGCGUUAUACCCAGUGCGCUUCUUAGGUACUUCCGCGCAACUUUGCCGGCGAUGCUUAUCAACGUCGAGAUACCGUCCAACGUUUCCUGGAGACGGACAACUCGAACGUAAAGUUAGCGAUAUACAACCUCGGUGGGACAACACACAGGAGAGUCCUCCCAUUCCGGUUACGCCCUUAUGCCUUAUAACGCUUCCAUCUACUUAUCGUCGCUCUCGCUUAUCACAUCUCUCCUAUCAUUUGCUUCGCGCGUUUCUUGACGUGCUUUUCAAAUUCGACAUCGAGCGGAGAGCAAUGACGUGGAUGAGUUUGGUUACCACCCGCUAGAUCCCUCGAAACUCCUCCAUCAAUGUCGUCGGAAUUCCGCCUCGCCGCUCUCGAUUCUUUCGUUUCUUCCGCUCGACAGCAUUUCAACGUCCAACUCCGAGAGAUUUGUCGACUAAGAUUUCUCCUUCGCUCCCUCUUUGCUCCGAACUGAUUCGGUUUGAUACCACCAUUACGCUAAUUGAAGCGCCACAUCGUUCGACGUUGUUGUAGAACUAACGGCGAAACUUCGGAAUUUUUGCGACUCUUGAACUGAUGUCAGAUAAUAAGAAAGCGACCGUUUGCCGCGCGAGAAAGUACGAUUGGAAAAUGACAAGAUCUGUGAUAUUAUUUUGCGAUAAAGUUCGUGUAAUUAUUUUUCCAAUUUAUAUUAAUGUUUUAGGAAUUUAUCAUAAUUAUAUCAAAAUUUUGCUUCAACGUCCAAUAAUUAAUCAUUUUAAAUUCCAAGUAUUGAGGUCGACGAUAUUGAUGCAUCAUCAAGUCGCAAAUCCGCAAAGCUCGAAUCGCGAAUAAAUUUCCCCUCAAUUCCGGUUGGAAGACCAUCUUCACAUUUAGCACGUUCGUUCGACGAAUGACAGUCCGAUAGCUUCAUUUGCCACUUUAUGUGUCGAGUGUGUCGAUCACAUCCUAGAUCAUUUUAUGCGUCUUCGAUUUCCUCUCGAUCUGUCGUUUGCUGUCGCGCUAAUAUUCGUCGCAAAUGAAAUCGAUCAACUUUUUCGUCCGAUAAAUAUGAAAAAUACAUCGCGGUAGUAUGCUUACAGUUAAUGUUAAUGGAGAAACCCGAUGAAGAUGCUUAAGCAGGCGUGAUAUAUUUGCCAAUACGGACUGAGUGUGAACCAAAUGCAGCCAAUUAUUUGUAUUGGAAGCUUCGAAUAAUUCGAUGGACAAUAGACAACAAAAAAAAUGACAGACACGUGAGAAUCGUCGUACUGAAAUUUGCGAGGGGUUAACAAGAUUCUAACGAGAUUCUGAAGAGGAAAAGUGAGCACGCUAUCGUCAAACAAUGAAAGAACAUAAUUUGCACAUUUCAUGAAUACACACAAGUCUUGUUAAGGGAGAAAUAGAAAAAAGAAAAAAGAAAGCGAGCUGACAGGCAGCGAAGUGCGGCUGAAUGAAAUGUGAGAUGGAAACCUGAUAAACACGCAACAAAAAGCGAAGGAAAUUUAACAGUAGGAAACAGAUAGGGUUGAUACUAGUGGACCGAGAAAACGAAACUAGCUUGUAUGUUGAAAACAAAGCCAACAAAAGAGAGGAAAGGAAGAGCCAUAGAUAAAGAAAAUUGGAUGAAAUUGCUGUGGGAAGGCAAUUACAGGUAUCCUCGGAGAAAUAAGAAGAACACGAACUGAUAUACAGAGCACUAGUGAUAAAAGUGGAGAAAAUCGAUGGUGAGAGUAUUUAGAAGCAGGAACGGAAACGUGCAGAAAUCUCGGUGCGAAAAAGGAAAGUAAGAAAGAAAAAGGAAGAUUCGGCAGAGGUUGAUGCCGAGAGAGUAGAACGGAUAGUGAAAAUCUAGAUAGAUGAACUCGCGCGGCGGGAAACUUCGCGUGAAGAACAAAAAGAACAGAGAAGACACGCGAAGCUUAAGUGAAGGGUAACCGCAAGAAGAAAGAAAUUUGGAUGGCGGAUGAGCGCCAGGCGGGAGAUAGACUAAUGUGCAUUUUAGAGCCAUCGCGCGCCCUUAAUUAUAACAAAGGAUAAAUGCACGCGCGCAUGCUGAGAAUAUACCGGCCACAUAAUAAAAUCCGUGCGAAGAGGGAAAACUUCCAUGAAGUUUACUUUGCUUAUCUUCGCGUUGUCAGCGAUGGCUCGCCAUCGUUCAUGGGUGACCAGUUUCGAAGCAGCCGGCUUGCUCUGAAGCGCACGUGCUUCCGUCGGGAUUGUGUUGCAUGCUAAAGAGAUACACGGAGGUGAAUCCUCCUCGCGGUCGGAUCGGCCACGAAGUGUUUGCGUAAACGAUAAGCCUUCGAUCAUUCGCUCGUAGUGAUCGUAUCAUAACGGUUUAAUAAAAAAAAAGAAACCGCAACGGACACGCCGAGGACACGCAGAUCGCUCGAAUUCGACCACGUGCACUGUGUUCAGGAAUAAAUACUUGAAAAAAAAAGUAAGAUUUUCGCAAAAAAAACUUAAGGAAUUAAGAUGACGCAUUGUUGAUGCGAAGCGUCUUUUUACUGCCGAUCCGCGAUUUGAAAAGAAACUAUCGUUUUUCGUGUCAUCGAUCCAGCACCUUGCGAUAUACAUAUAUGCAUCGUAGUGUAGUGCGUUCUCUCGUUCCCGCCGAUGCGCCGUGAAUUUCGACAGAAGUGGCAGGAAGCGGAAGCGACACCGGAAUCAAACGCGAAGUGCCGCCGCGCGAUCUGCAGGUUUCGGAGCGCGAGGUGGUGAUCAUCCCCCGUUGUGGGUCACUCGGCUAGUGUCUUCCGCGACGCGGGGGUUCGCGCCCUGGGGGACUCGGACGCCGCAACAUGGGUUGCGAAUUGAGCAAACUAGCCACUAGUAAAUCGCGCAAUCAAGCCGGAAACGAUGGCUCGUCGCCGCCGCCGCCGCCGCCGGCCGCCACGGAUCCUCGACUUCCGCUCACGGCCAGGCAAAAGUUUACGGUUAUAGCUAGCUGGAAGGCGGUCUCCAGAGCACUGGAGCCCACAGGCAUAUACAUGUUCAUAAGGUUGUUCGAGGAGAACGCAGAAUUGUUAAACAUGUUCACGAAAUUCCGGGAGCUGAAAACGAAAGAACAACAAUCAACGAGCAUGGAAUUGGCCGAACACGCGAAAACGGUCAUGUCCACUCUUGACGAAGGGAUCAAGAGUCUAGACGAUAUGGACGCGUUCCUGACGUAUCUACACGAGGUCGGGGCCUCCCACACAAAGAUCCCCGGCUUCAACCGGCAAUACUUUUGGAAAAUCGAGAAACCGUUCCUCGACGCGGUGGAGCGUACGCUGGAGGACCGAUACUCGGAGAACGUGGAGAACAUCUACAAGCUAACGAUCAAAUUCAUCAUCGAAACGCUGAUCGACGGCUUCGACAAGGCACAGAGCGACAAAGCCAAGUCCUAGUUGUCCUAGUCCUGAGGAUCCGGCACGCAUGCGAUCGCCCUCGAUCCUGCGAGAUAUUGACAACCCUUGGUUCGCUCGGGAACCUCCGAAGCCUGGAACGGGAAAAAGCCAGCCGUCGCCGAUUCCUCAGAAGACGACGAUGGUAUCGUCGUCUGUCUUUACGUCGAUUUGCGCGGUGUCAAUUCGUUUCUCCACGAAACUCCCGAGAAACGCGGAUAUGCGAGUACGGACGUUCACUGCGGACGUCGCUCGCGCCGGCCUGAGAUCUUUUUCCCCCCUCAAACGGGUCUCGCCGUUAAACGUCUCCGGAUAUUAAAAACGAUCCCAAAGUCAAUCCAUCGGGACUCCUUCACGAAACGCGCCGUGACGUGAGUGAAAGAGCCGCGCUAUUUUCCCGACGGUCAAAGGGUUCUUAAUAGUUCAACAACUCGACUCAGCAAAUUUCAGUUAGUCGAAUUUUCGAUGUUAUAGACAAAAGUGAUUUCUACGACGCGGAAAUCCAACAAACGUAUAAAGACACCUAAAAAUUCGGACGUUUUUUUAGAUGUCUUUUUGCAGCAACAUUUUAACACUUAUGUGGUCUAGAAAUAUCCAUUUAUAAGAGUAAAAACGACGAUUGAUGUAAAACAUAUUCCUAAAGCAUCCGCAAUUGAACUCUAUUGGUUUAAAUUUCUUUUUUUUACAUAAUUUAUGGAUAAUUUUGCAAACGUCAAUUAUGUCAAAUCCAAACUUUCUCCUUGCCUUCAUCCUCGUCAUCCUUCAUCCUUUCCCUACUUUUCAUCUUUUCUUUCCUUUCAUUUGUUAAUUACGGAAAAAGUGGAUUAAACUCAAACAUAAAAUAUAUUAAUAAUCGUGAAACCGAUCCUUAAACGCUAAACGUAAUUUGAAAUUUAUGUAAAAUCUACCGGAUAAUUGAUUGAAAUUUUACAAAUACAUAUUAGAAAACGUGGAGAAGAAUUAUUGGUCUUUUAAGAAAUUAUUGGUCUUUUAAGAAAACUUUACGUUUCAAUUAUUUUUAUAAAAUAUCCAGUAUAUUAAACAUAGACAACUCAGAUAAAAAUAAAAAAAAUUCAAUAAUAUAGUGUUUUUUUUUUUAUCAUAUUUGUGCCAAAUAUGUUAAGUCAAGCUGCAAAAAAAAAACGACAUCAAAAUUUAUUCGAUUCUCGUUAAACAAAUAUAUUCUCCAAACAAAAUAGAUUUCAAAACUGGAUUUCACAAAUAUGUUAUUUAAUUUUUUAAGUUACCUUCUAUGACGUACAUUUAUAAAACAUUUCAAUGUAGUUUUAUUCUUUUUAUUAUUCGCAAUUUAAUUUUCAUUCGUCCGUAAUGCGCUUUUUCCGAUUUCGAAGACAAUAGGUUCCGCAGAAGUAAAGCGCGAAAUGAUGCACGUCGUUAUUGAUCAGACGCAGAAUUAGACGCAGGGAAGGAGAAGGGAGAGCCUUUCGCUCCUACAAGAUCUUUUAAAGAGGAUUACCUAAACGUAACUUUGAUCACAACGAUGUGAUAUUCCUCGCCAUGAGAGUAGGAUAAAUCGAAAUGAAGAUCCUUAUUGCGAUACCAUUACAAGCAAAGUGAGAUUCGACUGGCUCCAGAUGCUUGCACGAGUCCAUUUUAAGAGUCGAUUAAAGCAUAAGAACUCUAUUAACUCCUCACAAGUGUUAUAAUAUCAUCUAGUGUGCACGGAUAAUGACGACUCUUUCAUACGGUUCAUCAAGGACCGCGCGCAAUUUCCUCCAUAUAAUUAAUUACGACUUUAUGAGAUUAAGCGUGCAAAAAAAGAUGUUUCCAUUCAGCCUCUUUUCCACGCAUUUUGCCAUGUCAAAAGCCUUUCAUAGAUAACGAUUUUUCAUUUUGCUAAAUACAUCAAGCUACUUUUACUCGCGCGGGGUGUAAAAUACUCUCCGAUGCUUUUGAUGUUUUAUAAAUUCAGUAAAAUUCAAUGAAUCAAAUAAAAAAUUUAUAUUGUUGCACGUGCUGCAAAUUGGUUAACAAUGUUUCAAUUGGAAAUAUUCGUAUUUAGCCUCAUUUUGAUAGGAAAUGUAAAAGAUAUUAAUCGUUAUAUAUAUAUUCAAUUAAAAAAAAAA